UAUCGGUAUGGAAGGGUCUGUGGCAGACGGCGUGUUAGCGCCUUUAUCUGGACGAUGUGCUUUUUAUGUAGCAAAAAAGAAACGAUACUGCAAGAUGAUUGUUGGAAGUGGGAAAACCUUCUGCGGGGAACAUGCAAAUGCUGGUGAAGAUAGUGAGAAAAAACGAAUACCCUGUCCUUUGGACCCCAAACACACUGUAUAUGAAGAUAAUUUGGCUAAACACCUGAAGAAAUGUAACUCUAAGGAGAAACCAAAACCUAUUUAUUAUGUGAAAGACAUCAAUGCUGGUUCUGCAAGUGAAGAUGAAACCAUAGAGGAGAUAACCAUUGCUGAACGAUCUAAAGAGGAACUGGAUGAGCUGAUUGUGAAACUCAAAACUGCACUGAAAGGACUAAAUACCAAACUUGUUGAAAACACACUCUCACAUUCUGCUCUACAUGAGCCUCUAAAUGACCCAAAGAAUGGAGAUUCUGCCUUUAAACACCUCAAGCAACAGGCCUCGAUUCUUGGAAACAUGGAGGUUUUGGAACUGCUCAGCCCAAACAGAUGCUACAUAGAGUUUGGAGCAGGGAAGGGAAAACUGUCCCACUGGAUUCACAUCGCUCUUAAAGCAGCUGAAAAUGUCCAUUUUUUACUUGUGGAAAGGUCCAGUACUCGCUUUAAGGUAGAUGGCAAGCACAAAAAUGCAGACUCAACUUUUGAUAGGCUUCAGGUUGAUAUUCAGCACCUUGAUUUACGGAAGGCCCCUCUUCUGAGAGAAAAAGGACUUCCUGUUAUUGGUGUUGGGAAGCACCUGUGUGGUGCAGCAACUGAUCUGGCCCUUCGGUGUUUAUUUGAGCACAACUGCUCUGAUGAAGAUGAUGAACCUCCAACCAAGCGUGUAAAACUCCAUCAUAAUGAGGGUGCUUGUGAUGAUAUUAAGCCUGUUCCCUCAACCAAAGGCAGGGAAAUUGGUAAAAAGCUCAUAGUGUCAGGACUGGCUAUUGCUCUUUGCUGCCACCACCGUUGCGACUGGAGACACUAUGUGGGAAAAGAGUUCUUCAGGCAGAAAGGUCUUGGACCGGAAGAGUUUGCUGCCUUUCAGCGCAUGUCGAGCUGGGCCACAUGUGGGAUGAGAAAAUUUGGCUCCAAGAUAACAGAAAAACCAAACGAACAUAAAACCAAUGAUGAGGAAGAACAUGAGAUGAGCGAGGAAGCUUUACCAGAUACCCUCAACGGUUUGAUGUCAGUUGAAGAUCGGGAACAGAUCGGACGGCUUUGUAAACGUCUGAUUGACCAUGGCAGAUUGUAUUACCUCCAGCAAAAAGGCUUUGAAACCAGCCUGAAAUAUUACACAAGCAGAGACGUUUCAUUGGAGAAUGUGUUACUAACUGCCGUUCCCAAAGCCAAUCAGAAUAGAGAUGAAUCUCAACAGCCUUCUUAAAACAAACAAACAAGUGCAGGACACAUAUGCUUCAUUUUAUUUGAUAAAUGUUUAUGGAUUUUUGAUUUGAACUCAUCCACAAACAUUAGUUACAGCAUACUAGCAGGAAGCAGCAACUCCAACAAACAGCAUAUAUGACAAGACAUUUAAAAGACAAGAAGUGCUCUUCACAGAACUUGACAUGAUGGACCGGAAGAUCAAGCCUAAUGGCGGACGAGCAGACAGAAGCCAGCAUGCAAGUCACAAAGACGAUGCUGUCUCUGACACGCCAUCCAACGUCACAUUUAGCACUGAUGUGAAAGUUUGGGAUCCUGCAAGAGACAUUUAAUGCAAAAGUUGGUCAUUAAGAGGCUUUUACGGCUUUAAUUUCUUGUCUGUUUUAUUUAUGCAACAUUUUUUAAUAAAGUUCUGCUACUGGUUUUGCACGCAAUACA